AUGGUGAAUGGAUCUGGUUCUACUCGAGGGCCAUUGAUAGUUACUACGAUCACAACUACUUUCGCCGUUGCUGCGUUUGCUGUUGCUGUAAGGCUUGUUGCGAGACUUGGAUGUAUCAAGAAUGCUGGGAAAGAUGACUUAGCUAUUGUCAUCGCACUGUGCGCGGCUCUGGCACAGCUCGUGUCUACACUAUUCCAGGUCAAGAAUGGAUUGGGACAGCAUGCCAUUUACCUGAGCCUCGAAAAUAAUGAAGCAAUCAUGAGAUGCCUCUGGGUCGCCAUCAUAUUCUACAGCCUGGGCCUAUGUACCGUCAAACUAUCCAUCGUCCUUCAAUACUUGCGCGUCUUCCCUGCAUUGAAGAUGAAACGUAUAUGCUGGGCGACUAUUGGUCUCAUCAGCAUCUACGGCAUAUUGGCGGUUCUCACGUCAAUUUGGACCUGUGUCCCCAUCUACGCUUUCUGGACUCUCCCAUCUGUACCAGGCUCGCGGUGUAUCAGCAAGACUGCGCUCUGGUUCUCCAAUGCCGCAUUCCAUAUUAUGACAGAUCUGAUCGUCUUAAUUCUACCGAUGCCGUUACUACAUAGUCUGAAGCUGCCGACCAAGCAAAAGAUCGGCUUGAUGUGCGUCUUUGCGCUCGGCGGAUUUGUAUGUAUUGUCAGUGCCCUAAGACUGCAACGCCUGUAUGUCGUCUCGAAAUCCGAUGACCUCCCAUAUGACAAUGCUGCCACGGCGAUAUGGUCCGCGGUCGAAGUCAACACGGCUAUAGUGUGCGCCUGUAUGCCAUCCAUGAAACCCGUCGUCUCUCGUCUCUUCCCCAGACUCCUCUCCACAAAUCGCAGCAAGCAUUAUGGACACACAUUCAAAUCUCAGGGCCGACCCCCGAUUUCCCGCUCGACCAUGGGCCAGCCAAUGCAGCUUGAUGACAUGGAUUUCGACCGCGGGAAACCAACACAGGGACCCUCGACUGUAAAGACGAGUUGCGUCGUCAUGAGCGAAAACCCGAGGGACAGUGACCCCGAGAGGGGCUGCACGGGGGAGCGUGCGACGGAUAUCUUUGUCACGACGAGUAUCUAUGUCACGGAAGACCUUGAACGGAAGAGCGAUGUGGCCAGUAGUAGUGAGUGUCACAACGAUACUGAGAGCGAAAAAGACUAUCCCUUUAGAUAG